CCGGCGCUCGUCCCCCCCCGCGGCCCGGCGCGCACCGGCCGCCGCCAUGAGCGGCUCGUCGGGCACCCCGUAUCUGGGCAGCAAGAUCAGCCUCAUCUCCAAGGCGCAGAUCCGCUACGAGGGCAUCCUCUACACCAUCGACACCGACAACUCCACCGUGGCGCUCGCCAAAGUGAGAUCCUUUGGUACUGAAGACCGUCCCACAGAUAGGCCUGCUCCCCCGAGAGAGGAAAUUUAUGAGUACAUCAUUUUCCGAGGAAGUGAUAUCAAAGAUAUUACUGUGUGUGAACCUCCCAAAGCCCAGCACACACUCCCUCAGGAUCCUGCUAUCGUGCAAUCUUCCCUGGGCUCUGCCUCCGCCUCGCCCUUCCAGCCGCAUGUGCCUUACAGCCCCUUCAGAGGGAUGCCGCCCUAUGGCCAGCUGGCGGCCAGCUCCCUGCUCAGCCAGCAGUACGCCGCCUCCUUAGGCCUAGAGAAGUUGGUAAGCCCUCCAGCCUCAGCCGCUGCUUCCAGCCCUAGCUCCUCUCCAUCUCCACAGCCCGUUUCAGAGCUUGACUUGUCCUCAGAGCCUCAGCAGCCCACUGCCAAGGGAGCUGGUUUUCCAUCCAUCCCGGUUGGCAAGAGCCCCAUGGUGGAACAGGCUGUCCAGACCGGUUCUGUUGAUAACCUGAACGCCAAAAAGCUGUUACCCGGCAAGGGUACCACAGGGACGCAGCUCAGUGCUCGCCAGGCCCAGCCAAGCAGCAAGACCGCCAGCGAUAUAGUCCAGCCGGCAGCUGUGCAAACUCAAGGGCAGGUGAAUGACGAGAACAGAAGACCUCAGAGGAGGCGAUCAGGGAACAGGCGAACCAGGAAUCGCUCCAGAGGGCAGAACCGUCCGACGAAUGUCAAGGAAAACACAAUCAAGUUUGAGGGUGACUUUGAUUUUGAGAGUGCAAAUGCUCAGUUCAACCGAGAGGAGCUUGACAAAGAAUUUAAGAAGAAACUGAAUUUUAAAGAUGACAAAGCUGAGAAGGGGGAAGAGAAGGACCCAGCUGUGGUGACCCAGAAUGACGAAACUCCUGCUGAGGAGGACCUUCUGGGGCCCAACUGCUACUACGACAAAUCCAAGUCGUUCUUCGACAACAUCUCUUCUGAACUCAAGACCAGUUCCAGGCGGACGACGUGGGCUGAAGAGAGGAAGCUCAACACAGAGACCUUCGGGGUGUCAGGGAGGUUUCUACGUGGCCGCAGUUCCCGGGGUGGAUUCCGAGGAGGCAGGGGCAACGGUGCCACCCGCCGCAACCCCACUUCCCACAGAGCUGGGACGGGCAGGGUGUGAGGACGCAGCUGAAGGCCCCUGCUCGAGUGGCACAGAAACGCCGCGUGUGUAUCAGGACACAAGGAAAACAGAGCACUUACGGGGAGAAGUGGGUCACUUUGUUUACGGAGUUUGGAAAAUUCCCAUCCUGCUACGUAUGUUUUGGGCUUAACUGAACUUGGUCUAAGUUAGAACCACUUGUUUUGGGGAAGUAUUCAUGGGUGACCUCUUUGAGGUGUCUUGAACUAUGUUUCCUGUUUAGUUGUGCGUAGCCUAAGUCUAAGGUCUUGGUAUUUUGCAGAAAGGUUUCUAUAGGGAAAACUUGAUCCU